CCACAAUCGACAUAUCAACAACAUGCCGGAGUCCAGUCGAGAAACACAAACUGCGGACGGGAGACGACGCACACCACAAUCACAACGAGAAAUGGCGGCGUCACACAACAUCGUGUCUACUGUCUCUCAGUUGGCAGAUGAGAAUCUCACAUUUGUGCGGAGCAUAAGUGGCGGGCUCGCUCUUGCUGGGGUGAUUGUAAUAGCGAGGAGCAUCAAACUGAUCACCAAAUUUCAAACAGUGUCUGAGAUCCCAGCUCGUUUCGUGGAGAGCAACGUCAGCCUCCGCGGGAGGGUUCAUUCUGUCACUGAUCAAGCCCUCCAAGUGGAGCAUGUGCCCAUUUACCUGCCGCUGCUCUCACCUCGACUGGCCAAACACAAAGGUGUGCCCACGUCCCCCUUGCUGGUGAAACUUGCCGGCGUGGACCUGACGGCAGAGGGCAAGUUAUGGCUGCAGACAAGAGUACUUCCCGCUCAGACGGUGUGGUUGAAGCUGAUCAGCCGACAGGAUGAUGCACUGCACUGUUUUGUGGCCCACAGCAUGCAGGGGUCGUCAUGGGGCCGCUCUGUGAACGAGGAGGCCCUGUAUCUGGGCCUUGCCCGCAGGGCGCCUGUCGCCGGCCUCUCGCAGCACUCUCGCCUCUACUGGCGUCUGCAUCAGCGGCUGCACAGGGCAGAGGUCAAAGCUGAGAAGAGGAGGCUGGGCUUGUGGAGGGAAGACAGCCAAUGGGAGAGGACCGUCAAGGCUGUACGGGACAGUGCAUUAUUCAGACUGUUAUGCAGACUCUUUGGGAGGACCUGA